AUGAAGGCAUCUCCGCUUCUGGUGUCCUGGCACAACGAGAAUGCCCCCAUCUACUCAGCCCACUUCGAACCCCACGGCAAGGGACGUCUGGCAACGGCCGGGGGAGAUAAUAAUGUCCGACUUUGGAAGGUUGACUCCAACGGCGAGGAGAGGAAAGUCUCGUACCUCUCGACCCUCGUAAAGCACACACAAGCCGUGAAUGUGGUCCGGUGGUGUCCGCGAGGAGAGCUCCUCGGCAGCGCCGGUGACGAUGGUAAUAUCCUCCUCUGGAUCCCCGCCGAGAAUCAGGCCCUCCACACCAACUUCGAAGAAGGGCUGGAGGACAAAGAAACAUGGCGGGUCAAGCACAUGUGUCGAUCUAUGGGGUCGGAAAUAUACGACCUGGCGUGGUCUCCAGACGGUGUCUUCUUCAUCACUGGCAGUAUGGACAACAUUGCGAGGAUAUACAAUGCUCAGACAGGUACUUGUGUACGACAGAUCGCCGAGCACAACCACUAUGUGCAGGGAGUGGCAUGGGAUCCUUUGAAUGAAUACGUUGCGACACAGUCCUCGGAUCGUUCCGUUCACAUCUAUACCCUGAAGACCAAGGAUGGUCAGUUCUCUCUAGCACAGCAUAGCAAAGUCACGAAGAUGGAUCUCCCUGCCCGCCGAAUAUCAUCCACGAGUCCAGCUCCGCCUGAUUUCGGAGGCAGGGCUCAAUUUGUUGUACAUGAAUCGGCCAUGGCAGCUGGCUCUCCUGUGCCAUCCGCCCCAGGAACCCCCCAGUCAUUGGCCCUCCCAAUGAAUCCUCCCCCAACCUCACAUAGUCGCCGGUCGUCGUUUGGGUCAUCUCCUUCAAUGCGUAGAUCAGCAUCACCGGCUCCUUCUAUGCCUCUACCCGCUGUCAUGCCAAAUUCUCCAAGUAUCGGAAGCAUGGGAAGCAUGGGAAGCGUGGGUGUCAGGAACGCUCCAAUCUAUGCUAACGAGACUUUCACCUCCUUCUUCAGGCGCCUCACAUUCGCUCCGGAUGGCAGUCUGUUGUUCACCCCAGCCGGCCAGUACAAAACUUUACAUCCUUCGCUUGGGGAUGCAACAAAAACUACUGAAGACAUUAUCAACACAGUGUACAUAUACACCCGAGCAGGAUUGAACAGACCCCCAGUUGCCUAUCUCCCGGGUCAUAAAAAACCUUCCGUAGCUGUUCGAUGCUCGCCCGUCUACUACACCUUACGUCAAGCUAUCCCACCAACAAAACAAAUCACGAUCGACACUUCAUCAGCAGACGAUGAGAUUCCGGCUUUACCUGAGCCCGCUAUUCCAUCUAAGGCCCCAACCUCCCAUUCAUCCAUGGACCCGCCCCCCCUUACGAACGCACCCUCACCUUCCCCGAGUCUACCAGCUGCAUCCCCGAGGCCAGUGGAUGCAGACGCGCCAACUUCAGGUGGAGUUCCCGCGGGCCCUUCCUCAGCAUUCAGUUUACCAUAUCGUAUGGUGUAUGCAGUAGCAACUCAGGAUGCCAUUCAUAUUUAUGACACUCAGCAGCAGAAGCCGUUGUGCGUCGUCAGCAAUCUGCACUUCGCUACAUUUACAGAUGUCACAUGGUCAAAUGAUGGACUGACACUCCUUAUGAGUUCAUCCGAUGGAUUCUGUUCUUCAUUAACUUUCGCGUCAGGCGAGCUUGGAGAGAAAUACAACGGACCACUUGCUGCUCAGACAAAACAUCGCCACACCCCUUCCACCAUCAAUACAACUGCGACAGAUUCAUCAACCCAUUCUACGCCAACUCCCACGCCUACGACCACAAGUAUGCCCUCUUCAGCUACAGCUACAGCUUCAACAUUACCAAAGCAACCUUUUGCGGGAUUCCCUGCAUCGCCCAGCUCAUUCAUCCCAGCGCGACCUGGCAGUCCAACAAGAAGUAAUUCUGUCUCCAGUAUUGCCACGGCGUCAUCUUUUGCACCAGGGGCGGGUGAGCAGAAUAUGAAUGCACCAACCCCUACUAUGUCAUCGGUCCCUGGACUGGCAGCCGCAAACUCAGGUCCUGUGGGCGCAAUGCCAAUGUGGACGCCUCCUCUCACACCGGCGCAUGGACACACAGGCACGCACAGUGCGAGCAGCUCUGUGAGCGGUAUUCCUGGGCCUAGCGUUGUUGGACGAAGGGAAAGCGAAUCAGAGCGAGAAGAUGGAGCUUCGAACGGUGGGAUUAGGAAGAGAGACCUUCAGGCCGUGCCAGAAGUCGAAGAGGGUAGGGAAGGCAAGCGACGAAGAAUCGCGCCGACGCCUGUGAGUACUGGAAAUUCUGUGGAUGCUUCCGAGAGUGCAUUGGUAUCGACAGAGGAGAACACCCCGACGACACAAACGCCAAUCCAGCGGUAG